CCGCAAUCGGUGUCUCUAACUGUGUAGGUACAGUUAUCAUCCGCAGCUAUCCGGGCUCACGGCAACUGCACCUCAUCCCAUUCGAAACCUGGAAGAUGAGGGCACCUCCCGUUGCCGAGGAGCAGCCGCCGGUACAUGCACAAGUUGGCUCGCCAGAGUACCAGGAAGAAGCCGAGACUGCCACUCACAGUAUUCAGAGCAUCCAGAGUAUUAAUCAUCAAGACUCUUCGGCAUCCGACACGGUUCUUCAGCCGCCCGCCGAAUUGAUUGACGAAAAGGCCAACAGCGAAGAUAGUGACGAAGACGAAGGCGAAGACCUUGAAGGGGCCACAGACAAGGACGAGGGGUCGUACUACUGGAAUGCAUCGACCAUGGCACCGCUGAAUGCAGCAUCGGCGGCCGCCAUUGCCCGUCUGAGGGCCUACAAGCCACCGCCCUUUCCGCUCUGGGACCGCCUCCCGCUCAGUCGCCGCGCCGCCGUCUUGAUGCUCCUGUACGCCGACCGCCGCGGCGACCUGCGCGUCGUCAUCACCAUGCGCGCCGCCAGCCUGCGCAGCUUCUCGGGCCACGCCGCCCUUCCGGGAGGCAAAGCUGACACCCUCCAAGAAACGCCAUACCAAAUUGCCCGCCGCGAGGCCUGGGAAGAGAUCGGCCUCCCCCUCGACGACUCUAAACUGCCACCGCCUUUUCGCAUUGAACACCUCUGCUAUCUGCCCAUGAACCUUGCCCGCACAGAGAUCGUCGUUCGCCCGUGUGUCGCUCUCCUCCACACGGGCGACACCACGGUUAUCAACCCAGCCCCAGCCACUAACCGCUCGAGUUCCUCUUCUUCCUCUUCCUCCCUCUCCAGUUCCACCCCCGCCGCCGCCCGGUCCUCGCCCACGGUGGACGAAUCUCUCAUUCCACGCCUGGAUGCCAAGGAAGUAGCCGCCGUAUUCUCGGCGCCCUUCCACAACUUCUUGCGCGCAACCGAUGAAGUGCCCCCGUCCAAGUCGGGCAGGAAGAAACUGCCCCCGGGACCGUGGUACGAAGGCAGCUGGACGACGUGGCACGACUCACAGUGGCGCAUGCACUUCUUUUACGUCCCCGUCACUGACCAGAUGGUGGUCAAGCCCCGCGUGCGGGAGGGCGGGUUAGCCGCGCUGUCGGAGCACGAGGCGGACGAUCACCGGGACGGGCGCGGCGGCAGCAACAAGGACAACGACAACAACAAAGGAUUGGAAAGGUAUAAGGUCUGGGGAAUGACGGCGCGAAUCUUGGUCGAUGCGGCGACGGUGGCCUACGGCGAGGAGCCCGAGUUCGAGCACAACCAGCACUUUGGGGACGAGGCCCUGAUCGAGAAGCUCGCGCGAGAGGGGAGGUUGGGCGAAAAGAAACGCACGGGCAGCCUCCUGGUCUCGGAAGAUCUGAAGAAGGUGCGGGAGGCGGUUCAGGAGGCCGGGGAGAGAGGAAAAGAAACGGAAAAGGGGAAGGGGGAGGCGAGCAAGAUGUGAGCCUAUAUAAUGCGGAAACGUGUUGGAUAUGAGUGCUAGAUUUGCCCCUCCCUGGCUUAAUAGACGGAGGAUGAUAGAUAACAGGCGGUCUGUGGUCAGAACAAAGUUAGGGUGGGGUGUGGUUCUGCCUCCUCAUCCCCUU